AUGGAGACCAAGGUUGGUGGUGACAAAGCUAAAGAAAUUAUAGGGAGGCUCCCUUUUGAUGAAGCCAUUUGCACAGAGACCAGAGGCCUUUUUGGAGGAUUGUGGUUAUUGUGGAAUUUGGAUAUUGUGGAGGUGUCCCUGCUUGCAAAGACAGAGAAGGAAAUUCAUGUGCUGGUUAAGGUUAGACCUUUUGAUCUGAAUUGGCUUUUUUCUACUGUGUAUGCUAGUCUUAGAUUUGAGGAAAUGUGCAUUUUGUGGAAGAACCUUGCUACAGUUUCUGAGCUUAAUAAUUUGCCUUGGGUGUUGGCUGGAGGUUUUAAUGAACCUCUUAUUAAUGAGAAUAAGUUUGGAGGGAGGGCUAUAAGUAUUAAUAAAUCCUUGUUGUUCAAGGAGUUCCUAGACAAAUGCAACAUGGUUGAUCUGGCGUUUUCAGGACCAAGGUUUACUUGGACGAACAAAAGAGGCAUCAGUGAUCUCACUCAAGAGCGCAUAGAUAGGGUCUUCGUUAAUUCGGAGUGGUGGAAUCUGUUUCUGGAAGCUAGAGUCACACAUCUCACUCGGUGCCAUUCAGAUCAUUGCCCAGUACUUCUUGAAUCUAGUGCCAAAGACUCACUCUAUUUAGAGUGA